AUUAUGUAACAAGAUACAAAUACAACAUUUGAGAUAACAAAUGGGCAACAGUAAUACUAGACCCCUCUUUAAAGUGAUAAUCAAUAUGGUAAUCGAUAUUGUAUUAAAAAUUAGCUUAGUAUUCAUAACCCAUGAAUACAUAAUAAUAAUAUCCUCCUGUUCCUCCAUAGUAAAGUAAAAUAAUAAUUGUAAAAUUUAGAUCAAAUGGGAGCUCCUCGAGGUCAAUAGGAAUUGAUUAUAGUACAUACUUAAGGAGUAAAUGCUUAAGGGACAAAUGAAAUUUAAUCAUAGAUUCUUUGCAAUCAAUCAAGAUUUCCUAUUUUAAUCACUUGUCCUUAUUGUUCAAAAUAAGGGACAACUAGAAUUGAAUAUAAAUCAGGUUCAGGAACUUGGUGUUGUUGCUUCAUAAUAUAUUUAUUUUCUUGCAUUCUUUGUUGGAUUCCUUUUGUUAAUGAUAAAUGUUAAGAUGCAAAUCAUAUGUGUUCUAAUUGUGGAGCACUUGUUGGAUCAUGUUUAUAUAAAGCAUGUGGAUGAUUAAUG